CGACGUUUUAAUUCAAUAUUGAGCUAUGAAUUUGCGCGAAAAUAAUGCGGGCUGAAAAUUUCCCGUGUACAGUACAUUGUCAAGUUUAUAGUACAUGUAGUAUUAGAAUUAUGUAUGUCUAUAUCAGAUUAACAUUUCUGAAACUGAAGAUGGAUACCCUCCACCUAAACCGGCAGUCAACAGAAAGUCGGACAUUUUAAGAACUGCUGACAUUGCAGAGGGUGACAAAAGAGCAAAAAAGGUUAAUUUGGAAGAUGCCACCACAUUCGAAGAUCUGGCCGAAUUACUUACUAAAGGAAUGACACGUGACGUCCAGCAGGUCCGUGCAAUUUUCUCCUGGGUCGUCGGACAAAAUGUCCGAGAUAUGAAAUUUCCAACAGAUGUUAUACUGAAUUCACCGAUGGAAAUUCUUAGACGCAUGCAACAGGGAAAAUCCUCAUACACCACACUCUUUACCCUGCUUUGUCGAGCGGCAAAGAUCCCUUGCACAAUUAUUCAGGGUUUCGCCAAGAGCGCAGGGUAUGAUGUCGGUCAAAAAGAACUAGGAAACCUCCGCAACAUGUGGAAUGCUGUUUACAUCAAUGGCGGCUGGCGUUUUGUAUUUCCGCUAUGGGCAUGCCGUGUAGUGGUGGGACACAACUCAGGAAAAUGGACUCUUGUGGAGGCAAAAGGUGAGGGUGUUCGUGAGAAGAUGCCAGCCUCCACUGGAGAGAGCGUGAGUAUACUUAAUGACUAUUACUUUCUACCUGACCCGGAGGAGUUCGUUUACCGGUGUUUCCCUGACAACUCCGAGUGGCAGCUUAUGAGAAACCCUAUUUCAAAGGAGGAGUUUCUAGAGAUGCCCUACUGCAGACCUUCCUUUUUUGAAUAUAAAAUGAAAAUUUUGAGUACACCAAAAUGUGUUCUGAAUUCUGAGGACGGAAUGUGUAAUAUUUCCAUGAAAAGCUCCAUCAUUGAUGACAUCAUGUUAACAUAUGAACUCUUCUAUAAUGACGAGGAGUCAGAUGCACCGAUUUCCUCCGAAAGCCAGUUGGAUAAGUAUGUCGCUGUGCUACACCAGAAUGGUAAAGUGUUGUUCAGUGUUCGGUUUCCAUGUCCAGGGAUUUAUAAAAUUGACAUUCAUGGAAUUUUGAAAGGGGACGAUAUGUCUUGGGUGUGUUCAUUCAAGCUUGUAUGCAAAAACGCGAGGCACGACAUCAAACCUUUCCCGUGCAAUCCGGAUGUCGGUUUUGGUCCAAAUCUUAUAACUGAUCUCGCCGGAUUGAAGCCUGAAACACAUCUCGACAGUGUUAUUGGUUUCCACAGUAAAAGAGAAACGGAAAUAAAAUUUACAAUGACGAAAACGAUGCAAGUACAAAGUAGACUAGUUCACCAUGCCAUGGAUAGUCAGCAGCUAAGGAGUUUUGUUUCACAGCGGAUAGUUGGAAAUCAGCUUUGUAUCAUACUAGCAAUUUCACAAAAAGGGGAGUAUGGUCUACAGAUAAAGACAAAGGGAAAGGAAGACAAGGAAUUUCAAAAUGUCUGUAAUUAUUUACUAGAAGCGAAAGAAGGAGGAAGAAAACAACGAAGUUACGAGACAGCUUUAGAGAAGAGAGCCAGGGUUCAACUACAGGGUUCUCUACAAUCAAAAGAUCCGGUUGUUAUUCAGCGAGCCAUAAAUAAGUUUGCACAGUUUGACUUGGACGACAAAGGGGAGAUAAAAAGAGCUCAAGAUAAAAUUCAAUACUUUCAGCUAUCGAAAGAACUAAGAGACAGUGUCAACAGAAGGAACCUCUCUGCAUUGGAGAACAGUAUCUAUGAUGCAAAGUCUUCUAAAUUCCAAAACAAGCUGCAAUCGCUCAUCCAAAAAGCAGAAGAUGUGUUGGCAGAUCUAAGAAAGACGAAGAAGUACGCACACGGAAUUCUGGAAAUGAAUCAAGUCACCAUCUCGGAGCUACGUAACUACAAAUCACCGAAACCAAUCGUACACGACGUAAUGAAAGCCACCUUCACGUUAUUAGGAGAGAGGCAGGAAAUGUUGGAGGAUUGGAUGGAUAUUCAGUAUUUGAUGUGGAGAUCUGGGAAAAAGGCUCUGAUAACCCUGGUUAGGAAAUUUGAUAAGGUAAACAUCGAGGAAAACUCUAUCAACAUGGCGGCACAUAUUUUGAAACCGUAUAACGAGGAUAUGGCGCACGCAACCAGCGCCGGAUGCGGUACUUUUUAUAUUUGGGCAAAUAACAUUGUAUCAGAUUUUACGAAAGGUCAGCCUUAUGACACACGACAUGAAACACCACAAAGUCUCAAGGAAAAGCCUCUAAAAGAAACAUCAUCGGCUUUGGAUCCCUACAGCGAGAGUGCAGACAGGGAUGACGAUGUGGUUGAUGAUCACGGAGAGAUUGGUCAGUACAGUGACCAAUACCAUCAUCCAAAUUAAAGAAAAUAAUAACAACCAGCUUAUAGUCAUUUCUUGUGAUACACGCAAGGAAAUAUUUGAUUGAACAGUUUCUGUAUAACUCACACUCCUAAACUGAAUAAAACAGUUGCGUCAAGCG